AUGGAAGCAACAUUUUUGGCUAAGAGAACUCUCUUCAACAUCCCAAUGUUCUUGCCUCAAAGCCCUCCUGGAAUCCAAUCUACCAGAAGAGUUACCAGGGCUUGCUUAUUCACUGCUUAUGAGCUUGCGGAAGGAAGCAAUGCAGUAGAAGAAGAAGAAGAAGGGUCAUCAGAUAUAACCGAUGCACCAAGAGAUUACAUAAGAGACGGCAUGUACGAAGCAAAACAUCAAACGUUUGCCAUCGGAGAAGGCAGGCCGCAGGGCAGCACGACAAGCUUCGCGGUGGAUAGUGUCGAAGAUGGAAUGAAAAGGGCGGUGGAGAUGGCAAAAAAUGUGGGAGAUACGGCUAAGAAGACCCUGGAUGGAGCUUGGGAAGCAGCUAAAGAUACCGCACAAGGCAUAAAAGAAAGGGGGACUGAAAACGAUGAUGAGAUUGAAGAGGAUGUUGCAGUUGACGAGAUUAGGAAAGCUGGUCAGAUUGUUGACACACAAGAAUAUAUAGGUGUAUUGAGGAAUUGA